GUGUUUUCAGAUCCAUUGUCUUUCACUAGAGUUGUAUAUAUUUGACAUCCUGGAGUCCACCAUGAACGGACAGUUGGACCUAAGUGGGAAGCUAAUCAUCAAAGCUCAACUUGGGGAGGAUAUUCGACGAAUACCCAUUCAUAAUGAAGAUAUUACUUAUGAUGAAUUAGUGUUAAUGAUGCAACGAGUUUUCAGAGGAAAACUUCUGAGUAAUGAUGAAGUUAUAAUAAAGUAUAAAGAUGAAGAUGGAGACCUUAUAACAAUUUUUGAUAGUUCUGACCUUUCUUUUGCAAUUCAGUGUAGUAGGAUACUGAAACUGACAUUAUUUGUUAAUGGCCAACCAAGACCCCUUGAAUCAAGUCAGGUGAAAUAUCUUCGUCGAGAACUGAUAGAACUUCGAAAUAAAGUGAAUCGCUUAUUGGAUAGUUUGGAACCACCUGGGGAACCUGGACCUUCCACCAAUAUUCCUGAAAAUGAUACUGUGGAUGGUAGGGAAGAAAAGCCUGCUGCUUCUGAUUCUUCUGGGAAACAGUCUACUCAGGUUAUGUCAGCAAGUAUGUCAGCUUUUGAUCCUUUAAAAAACCAAGAUGAAAUCAAUAAAAAUGUCAUGUCAGCGUUUGGCUUAACAGAUGAUCAGGUUUCAGGGCCCCCCAGUGCGCCUGCAGAAGACCGUUCAGGAACACCCGACAGCAUUGCUUCCUCCUCCUCUGCAGCUCACCAGCCAGGAGUUCAGCCACAACAGCCACCAUAUACAGGAGCUCAGACACAAGCAGGUCAGAGUGAAGGUCAGAUGUACCAGCAGUACCCGCAACAGGCUGGUUACGGAGCCCAGCAGCCGCAGCAGUAUGGUAUUCAGUAUUCAGGCUAUAGUCAGCAGACUGGACCCCAGCAACCUCAGCAGUUCCAGGGAUAUGGCCAGCAGCCAGCUUCCCAGGCACCAGCGCCUGGCUUUUCUGGUCAGCCUCAACAACUGCCCGCUCAACCGCCACAGCAGUACCAGGCGAGCACUUAUCCGCCACAUACUUAUGCUACCCCAACUUCUCAGCCUGCUAAUUAUACUGUGGCCCCUGCCUCACAACCUGGAAUGGCUCCAAGCCAACCUGGGGCCUAUCAGCCAAGACCAGGUUUCACUUCACCUCCUGGAAGUACCAUGACCCCUCCAAGUGGGCCCAACCCGUAUGCACGUAACCGGCCUCCCUUUGGGCAGGGCUAUACCCAGCCUGGGCCUGGUUAUCGAUAAAGAGGCUCAGCUACACUCACUAAUGUAGCUGCUAGCUAUCUGCCUCCCAAAAAACUCCAAUACUACUAUCUUAUUUUAAUUUGUAUUUGAAGUUCAGAAAUUUGAAAAGCAGAGCAUUUUUUUUAUGAUAUCAUUGGCUGUUAAUUAAAAGUAUAAUUUGCUAGAACACCAAGACCAAGAUGAAAGUCUUUUCCUCCCCUGCUGAAAAGUAUAGCAGCUUCCUAGUAAUUUUGGAACACUACUUACAUGUGUGUAAUGUAAUUGACUUUCCAGCCUGCCUUGUCCCAAGAAUAUUAAAAUGCUAGGUUGAAAUUUAGCUGUCUUACUUGGCUUUUUACUAUUAACAUGAUGUACUAAAAGUAGAUCCCUUUGAGAAGAUAACUAGAUAUUAUGUAUAAAAUGUAACAUUGAUAGGUUAAUAAAGGUGAUUGAAUCCA